CCGUAGUGAUCAAAUUUGUGGUUUGAGAAACUUUAAGAAUUUAAUUCUCUAAAGAUAGUAUUAUUUAAUUAUGAAACCUUAUUUGCUCAAAGUAGUGGCAUUUCUUGCCCUUAUAACCAUUUUAAGGGCAGCCGAUGUGAAGGGGCAUGAUUAUGGCGACGCCUUGUCAAAGAGUAUCCUAUUUUUUGAGGGACAAAGGUCCGGUAAACUGCCCUCCACCCAGCGCAUGACUUGGAGAAAAGAUUCUGCCCUCCACGACGGUUCUGAUUGGAAGGUGGAUUUGGUAGGGGGGUACUAUGAUGCCGGAGACAACGUGAAGUACAGCUUUCCGAUGGCGUUUACCACCACAAUGUUGGCAUGGAGUGUGGUGGAAUACGGCGGCGGCAUGGGCGGCGCCGAGUUGCCCCACGCACUCGAGGCGAUACGUUGGGCAACCGACUUUCUGAUGAAGGCUACGAGCGAACCGAACGUAGUUUACAUCAUGGUGGGCGACCCGAAUAGCGACCACAAUUGCUGGGAGAGGCCCGAGGACAUGGACACUCCUCGGACCUCUUACCAGGUCAAUGUAACCGAUCCGGGCUCGGAGGUUUCUGCUGAGAUCGCCGCCGCCCUGGCGGCUUCUUCCAUUGCUUUCAAGGAUUCUGAGCCUUCUUAUUCCAAGUCCCUCCUUCAAAGGGCCGCACAGGUUUUUGAGUUUGCUGAUAAAUUUAGAAGCUCAUACAACUAUAGUACAAAGGCAGUUUGUCCAUUCUAUUGCGAUUUCAGCGGCUAUGAGGACGAAUUGCUAUGGGGAGCAGCAUGGCUCUACAAAGCCACAAAUGAUGUACGACAUUUGGGUUACGUGACCAAAAACAUAAAUAAAAUCUGGACGGCCGGAAGUUCGUUUGGAUGGGAUAGUAAGCACGCCGGCAUUAAUGUCCUCCUCUCCAAGUAUGCUCUAAGUGAGGGGAGCAAAAACAAUCUUCCAUUCAUUUCCAAUGCAGAUACACUCGUGUGUGCGGUCCUUCCGGAAUCGCCUCUGAGUCGCGAGACGUUCACUCCCGGAGGACUGAUAUACCAAAAACAAAUGGUGAGCAUGCAACGACCCGUAUCUUUGUCGUUUCUUUUGGUCACGUAUGCGACUUACUUGGGACAGUCCAAACGGACCACUAUUGACUGUGACGGCAAAGCUAUUGCAACUUCCAGGCUUAUUGAGUUUGCCAAAUCUCAGGUGGAUUACAUCCUCGGAAAUAAUCCGAUGAAGAUGUCGUAUAUGGUGGGGUACGGCGACAAGUAUCCCCAACGAAUACAACAUCGCGGGUCUUCGUUGCCGUCCAUUGAGGCCCAUCCCCAGCACAUUGGAUGCAAAGACGGGACUCCAUACUUCCAGAGCCCAAAGCCCAACCCAAACAUUCUUAUUGGGGCACUGGUGGGAGGGCCCAACGACGGAACGGACCAUUUUCCAGAUGAUAGAGUUGAUGCGGGCCAGUCCGAGCCCGUUACUUAUCUUAAUGCGCCUUUCGUCGGCCUCUUGGCUUAUCUCAAAGCAAAUUCCCAUUAAUAAAUUAUUUGAUGGGCUAUUAGCUAAUUAAUUAAUCAAGAUUUAUACGGAGUGUAUAAUUAAAAAUGUUCAAUUUAU